AUGGGUCGCGGUUUCCCUGCCGAUUUAGUUCAAGUGCAUACUAGCCAGGCUUUGACUGUAAUAGAGGCUGACCGAAGACAUGAGCGAGAACUAGAUAUGUUAACUCUGCCAUUACUCGUCUGGCAAGAGGCAAGGCGCCGCCAGCCUGUUUUCAGUGGCUUAUGCGAUGGUACUCGUGAACGAGCUACACCUCCACUAUCUAACACAUGUAUAUCAGGUCCGAGUACCGACAGCAUAUUGUCUGGUUCCCUAACCUCCAACAGAGACACAAUUUCUACAGGAGUUUUCUGUCGUAAAAAUUCGUCAGAACCAAAGCGACAUGACUAUCAUCAUAGUCAUCAUCAUCAUCACCAUCAUCAUCAUAAGCAUCAAUGUCGAGACAAUCGACGACUCUAUCAGCCAAUUCCGCAAGAAAAGGUUUUGGACGGACUUCAGCAGUCAACAAUAUCUCAAGCGACAUCCUGCCCCGCUACGCAAGCCACUCUGAAUGGAGUUAUCCCGGAACCAAAUCAGGUUGGCUAG